UUAUAUUACUAUGGGUUGUGCUUCAGGAGCUGAAAUUAAACCUAAUACUAUUGUUUAAAUGAGAACAAGAAACUAGGAUCUAGUAUUUACAUCCACAGAAGAUAUUUCUAAAAUAUAUUCUUUAGGAAAAGUACUAGGAGUAGGUUCUUUUGGAAAAGUCGUUACGGCAAGAAUGAUUAAAAAUGCUGAAAAACAAGUUGCUAUCAAAAUUAUAGAAAAAGCAAAAGUCAAAGGGAGAGAGGAUAUUUUAGCAAAUGAAAUCUAUAUGUUACAAUAACUUGAUCAUCCAAAUAUUAUUAAAUUUCAUGAAGUUUAUUAAAAUAGAUUGAAUUUUUAUAUUUGUAUGGAUUAUUGCAAAGGAGGAGAAUUGGUUGAAUGGAUUCCAAAAAGAUAUAAGAGUUUUCAUGAACCACAUAUCUAAGAGAUUAUGAAAAAAGUAUUUAUUAUAUUUAUAGUAAUUUUAGAUUGUUUCUGCUGUCAGUUAUAUUCAUGCUCAAGGCAUAGUUCAUAGAGACAUUAAAGCUGAAAACAUUAUGAUUACUUCUAAAAAAGAUGAUGGUGAACCUAAAUUAAUAGAUUUUGGAUUAGCUAAUAAAUUUGAUACAUCUCAUUUGAAGUAUUAAUAUUAUAUCUAAAAAUAUUAGACGAUUAAAAUCGUUUGCUGGAACUCCUAUGUAUAUGGCACCUGAAGUUAUAAAAGGAUCCUAUGAUGAAAAAUGUGAUGUAUGGUCUCUUGGUGUUUUACUGUUUACUUUACUUUCUGGUCAUUUGCCAUUUCAUGGUAGUACAAAAGAGGAAUUAUAUAAUAAUAUCUAAACCUCUAAUGUAUUAUUAAUUCUAAAUAUAGAUAUCAUUUAGUUCUUCAGUUUGGCCUAAUAUUAGUAAUGAAGCUAAAGAUUUAAUUAAAAAAAUGCUACAAAAAUAGCCUGGAUUGAGACCAAAUUCAAAAGAUCUUAUUAAACAUUCAUGGUUCAAAAAAUAAUUCAAGAAUGAGGAGAAAACUUCAACAUAAAUAAAUAAUUCUUUUACAUCAAGUACUAUGGAAAAUAGAUAAAUUUAUUAAUUGUUAAAAUAAAAUUAAGGAGGAGCAAAAUUCAAAAAAGAAGUUAAAACUUUAUUAGUAAAUUAACUAAAUGAAACCGAAUUAAGUUAAUUAAAAGAAAUAUUUAAAAAGAUUGAUGUAGAUAAUUCAGGAACUAUAACAUUUGAUGAAUUGAAAUAAGCUUUAAAAGCAGAAGUAAUCAUAAAUUUUAUUAUAGGGAUCACCAGCUACUUUUGAAGAUAUAGAGAAAUUGAUAAACAAUACUUCACCUCCAUAAACUCAUGAAGAAGUAGGAAGGAAGAAAAAAGACUUUGUUAUAAAAUAUAGCGAAUUCUUAGCAUCAUGUAUUGAUGAAAGAAAAUUCAUUACUAAAGAAAAAGUAAAUAUUUAUACUUAUUAAAUUUAGUUAUCAUCUUUAUUUUAAAUAUUUGAUACUGAUAAUUCAGGUUUUAUAACUAAAUUAAAUAUUAAAGAAGCAUUUGCCAGAAAUGGAAAACAAAUUUCAGAUAAAUAAAUUGAUGAAAUGAUUGCUGAAAUUGAUCCAAAUCAUGAUAAUAAAAUUAGUUUUGAAGAAUUUUGUUAAAUGUUUGAUCAUGCAGGUGUUAAUAAAAACUUUACCGAAGAUGGAAGUAUGUAUGCAUGA